UCGUCGUCGUCGUCGUCGUCGUCGAGGUGGUGCAGAGUGCGGCAUGGCAGUGGAAGGCCGCUCCGGCGCCGGGCGCUUCCAAGAUGUUAGCUCUGAUGACGAUGCGCAGGGAACACGACGAGACGAGGAGUGAUCGCGAACGCGAACGCGACGCCGGUGGUGCCGACGAGUUCGUGGACAUCCUGCAAGUGCAACAGCUGCUGUUGGACGGGGGACGGCGGGAGCCGCCCCCGCCCAGACUGCUGGACGCCGCCGCCGCCGCUUUCCCACCGCCGACUUACUAUCUAGGACAAGGAUAUGGACAGUCGGCGACCAGCGUUGACGAUCUCGUCGCGCUUUGGUUCGCCGCCGGACCCACGCCUGCAGGCUCUCUUGAUCCGGAGGAGCUCACUUUGGACCAGCAACAGCAGCAGUUAAGUCCUCACCAUUCGCCUAGUAGUCAUAUCGGCGAACGCGGGACUCCCCAAGACAGUGCUCUAAGUCCAAGUCUUCGUGAAGAAGAAAACACGAACCAUAGCACUCUUAGUAUGUAUCCUACGGGAACAUCUCACGCAAACAACAUGGGUAAAAUGCACCAUCGAACUGUCUACACCUCAGCAUCGAGUCCAAACAUGUCGGGGAACAUCCAGAUGCAGUCAGUGGAGGGUAUGGCUCAUUCCCCCUCGACGGUGAAUCCUUGGUUGUUAUCAAGUGGAGAUAAGCCGAUUUAUCCGGCAAUGUUCGGACUUCUGGGUCAAGGGAGUUCCCAAUCGCCCCAACAACAAUACCCUUCAGCGACUCCCUCACCCGCUGGCACGCAAUACGAGGACCAACUCAUGAGUAUGGAUUGUGGGGCCUUGAAACAACCUCCAAGCUACCCAAGUUGUUCAGCUUCGACGAGUCUCCAAUUAGAGUUGCAACAACAACAAGAUUUGGUGUACUCUCGUGUGGGCCAACCCUUGGUCGCUAGUACCACCAAGUACCAAUGGGACUCCCAAGACUAUACCAACCCAAGUUCAAGUGCGUGCACGUCGAAUUUAGUACCAAAACAGGAACCUUUCAGUGCGGGGUGUUCGAGUGAAAUCCAACAAUCCUCAAACUCCUCCUAUGGUGUGCAGCUAGCCGAGUAUAACCCAUCAACGAGUAAAGGCCACGAAAUCCUCUCCCAGGUGUACCAACAAUCCCCAGUCCCUCUGAAACUCGUCCCGGUGAAGCCCCGGAAAUACCCCAAUCGGCCGAGUAAAACCCCGGUCCAUGAGCGCCCAUACGCCUGUCCUGUGGAGAACUGCGAUCGGCGUUUCUCGAGAUCGGACGAACUCACCCGCCAUAUCCGCAUCCACACGGGCCAAAAGCCCUUCCAGUGCCGGAUUUGCAUGAGGUCCUUCUCGCGCUCCGACCAUCUCACCACCCACAUUCGCACCCACACGGGGGAGAAGCCCUUCUCGUGCGACGUCUGCGGGAGGAAGUUCGCCCGCAGCGACGAGAAGAAGCGACACGCGAAGGUGCAUCUCAAGCAGAGGAUGAAGAAGGAGAGCAAGAUGGGGGGGCAACAGCAGCAGCAACAGCAGCAGCAGCAACCCCAACAUCACCUCCAACAGCACCAUAUGCAUGCGAGUCACACGGUGACCAGCGAAGAUGGCCUCUCGGUGGUGACGACGACUCUGUGAGAAUUACCCACCGCCGAGUUGGCACCCGGCGAAUGUGUUCUUUUCAUACGCGACGACUGUGAUCUCGGCACCGACUCCGCUCGGCUCAUCUACGUGCGAAUCGAAUGAAAAGCACAAGCGACCUGAAACAUGAUCUCCGUUUUGAAGGGCAGGUGAACGGUUUAGUACGAGUUUUGGCCCAAAUGGGCGUUUUUGACCGCUUUUUAUAUUCGAAGUCGAAAAUAAUCAGUUUUUCUGUUUUCGCCUGGACUAGAAAUGAGCAAAAAUCGAUGACUAAAAGUGUCAAAAUUUCUCUAAUUUUACAAAACAAUAACCUUGCAUUUACACAAUGAGUCACUACUUUUGUUUCCAUUUUUAUUAGUGUUGAAAAAAAAUCAAUCUUAAAGAGAUAUUUUACUUGCUCGUGGAAAGUCCAUUUUUCUUCUCAAAUGUUUAAAAAAUCGUUUUAUCCAAGAAUACGAUUUUUUAUUAAAUUAUUUUCUCUGAUAACUAGAGAUUUAAUUUUUUUUCAUCUGAUAAAGGAAUAACCUUGACAUACAACCCAUUUUUUAUUUAAUUAAUUAUAGACUAAAUAUUUGACCCAAAAUGUCAAAAUUUUGUUUGUCUU